UUAGUGAAGAAGAAGAAGAAGAAAAUGGAGGGAAGAUUGCAGUAACGCAACUUUUUGGAUACCAGCUGCCAAUAAAACCCAAAGAAGAAGAAGAAGAAGAAGAAGAAAAUGGAGGGAAACCAGACAAGAAACACUGGGGACAAGAACUAGAAAGUAAAUCAGUCAUGCACAGAGGGACUUUUAGAAACACAAGGAAGGAAAAGACAGGACACACUUAACCCAGGAAUAUUAACAAUAAAAAACACAGGAAACAGAGAAACACAAGGAUACAAAUGACAAAACCAAACAGGAAAUCCCAUUGAAGCAACAACACCAUUGAAUGGACCAACUAAACAAAGCUUAAGGAAGAAAACUUGAAAAUGAAAGUGUUCAACUCCGUCAGUUUUGGAUGCGUCUUCUCUGCUGCUGUGAUAUUGGCACUCUGCGUGUCCAAAACCAUUUCGACCUCCUCAGCCCGGCCUGCUGAGAGCCGGCCUGACAAUUUCAUAGAGUUUCACUCAGCGCCUGACAGAGUGGUGGAUGGCUCAGCGGUCCGUGUGCACUAUCAGUGCUCCAGGCCGUGUCGGCUCGCCGUGGAGGUGGUGGUUUCCACAUUAAAGAAGACAGAUUUUGUCGUUUUCAGGAGGAGAUGGAUCGGCGGCGCGCCCGGAGUCUCCAGGAUCCACCGGGUGCUGCUCAGAUUGCCUCCGUCCAUUUUAUAUCAACAAGACUUUUUCAACAGGAGAGUUUUGGACGCACAGAAAGCGUCUGUCCGUGCUUUGUUGGAACAUCUUGAUGAAAGCAGUGAACCCAGGACGCACGAGGGCUCCUCCAGGUUGAAGGUUUAUAAAGUGCUGCAGAUAUAUCCAAAUGAACGUCCCACUGCGUGUGCUUCAUGGUCUGCUCACCUUAUGUGGCAGAUGAGCAGAAACAGAACUCAGUGUCCACAUGAGUCAGAUGUAAUCGAUAUGCUGACAUUCCCUUUGGCGAGCACCGGUGAAUACUUCGGAGUGAUCCGCAGGCUGCAGCCUUUCAGGGACCGAUCCCUGGAGAGAGCCCGGCGUCAUGCUGUGACAAAGCCCAGAGUCACCUUAUCCGUGUGGAUCUACCUGCUGAAAUGGUGUCACAGGAAACUCUGCGGGAUCAUCCAUCACGUGGACAGAAAGAAUGUAUACGAGUCGGUUGUGUUGCAGCUUACAGACGCAGGGGACGUCAUAACUCAGGUCCGAGUGACAACUGGAGAAGAUGCCGCUUUCCGGGCUGGUUUAACGUUGCCGCUGUGGAAGUGGAUUAGAUUAGACUGUUACAUACAGGACUCCAAGGCACUGCUGGAUGCAUCGUGGGAUGAUAUAAUGCUCAGAAUUACAUAUGAAUUUAAUCAGAAUGUCCGACUCGAUGACACUGACGGAUACUUUGCGAUGGGAGGAAGCAGAUUCUUGCCGGGCAUCCACGGCUAUUUCGGGCCUGCCAAAUAUUACCGUUUUGGAACUGAACAGGUGAAAAAUCAACUUCAACCCAAGUCAACUGAACUGGAGCUGGAUGCGACUCAUCAGGAGUGUCUGGAAAUAAAAACAUUUACAAAAGCUUUCCUUCACGAAGUAACCCAGAGUCACCCUAUGUCACAGAUUAGCAAAGAUACCACUCCCUUCAUCAGAUCAUGGGGUCAGACCAGAAAUAAAAUCUGCAAUCAAACAUGGAAUUUUGAAAAUCAACUUAGAUACAGCCAACUCUUUCAUUUCUUGCUGUCAAAACAGGAGGAAAUCAGAACAGGAGCUUUGGGCAUGGAGCACCUUGGGAGUGCUUUGUUUGAGCAUGCAGUUAAUACAGUGUUCAUGAUCAAUCAGGACCAUAAUAAAAUAACUUUUAAUUCAACGUCUUUACUACGAGAAUCUUCCUGCUUUGGGAAUCACAAAGCAUCUCUCCUGUUGGCCUCCAUCUACCUCUCCGGUCUGGGAAACUCAGUGGAUUUACAAAAGGGUCAUGUCUAUAGUUUGAUUGGUGCGGCUGCUGAUCACCGUUUGGCCCUGAUGCAUGCUGGGUAUAAACACUCACAAGGACUUGAUGGAUUCCCUAAAGACUUGGACUUAGCUUACAGCUACUAUGCUAACACAGGGCUACAGAGCAGCAUUGACAUCAACAGCAUUCAUGAAAACAAGCAACACAUUAUUGAACACAUCUAUCUCGAUAAUCCAGAGGAUUUGAACCAACACAACCACGAGAAAACUGACGUCUUUCAGUAUGUGAAAUUUCUAGCAGAGAGUGGAGACGCAGAAGCUCAGAGACAGCUGGCAGCGAUGCUCUAUAGAGGCUACAACGGAGCUACAAAAGACCUGGAGCGUGCCGCCAGGUGGUUUAAGACCAGCGCCAUGCAGAUGAAGGAUCCUGUAGCCAUGUUCGACUACGCCAUGAUGCUGAUGACGGGCGAGGGAGUGGAAAAGAACGGCAGCCGAGGUUUUCGACUGAUGCAGAAAGCUGCAGAGAUGGGCUCAGAUAGAGCCAUGAAUGGUGUGGGCUGGUACUAUGGGAGAUUUCUGAAAGACCACAGAAAUGCAGUCAAAUACUUUGAACAAGCAGCGUUAAAUGGAAAUGAAGACGGCAUCUUCAACCUGGGACUAUACCAUCUCAACCGGAAGAACCCGGACAACCCAGUGAAGAAUGAGACGGCUGCGUUCCAGCAGUUCCUGAAAGCGUCGCGGUAUGGCCACGUUUCAGCAGUGGUGGAGGCGGCGUGGUACUUCUCGACAGGAAACCUGGAAGGAGUGUCUCAGGAUGUGGAGAGGGCUGUGAUGAUGCUAAAAACGGUGUGUGAACAGAACGGACACCUUGGAUUAAUAGUCAGAGAGGCGCUCCAGGCCUACCUGCAGGGCUCUCGGCAGGAGGCUUUUGUGAACUAUGUUUUGGCAGCAGAAACCGGUCUGGGUUUGGCUCAGAUUAACGUCGCUCAUCUGUGUGAGGAGCUCAAUCUCAGUCCUGAUUGUCGGUGGAGAUAUCAUAACUACUCUGUUUUAAACUAUGAACCCAAUCCAGUCGCCCUCCUGAAAAUGGGAGACUACUACUACCCCCCCUCCAGCACGCGAGCCGACUCAUUAUCCUUGGUUGGUCGGGCGGUAUCGAUGUAUGGCAGAGCAGCUGUAGCGGGGAGCCCUCAGGGAAUGUUCAACUUGGUCCUUCUGGUACAACAAGGACACACUCUGCCACCCGACGUCCACGGCUUCUUUAACGUGUCACAUCAUGAUGAGCAGCACACGGUGGUGGAAAAGAUCUUAAAAAGAUGUGUGGAGGCUGAGAGUGAAGACGCAGUGACUCCGUGUUCGUUAGCUCUGCUCGGAGUCCAGAUGGGAAAAGCCCUGAGCAGAAUGACUCAGAGUUCUGCACAGCUCGUCUUGAUGUAUGCAUCUCUUCUUUCCAUCGCCGUCAUCAUUGUCGUUGUGCCUCUGCAGAGCUGUCUCAGUCAAAGGAUUACCAGCCAACAUGUGAGAGCGGGGAGCCAAGAUGGAGUCACCUCGAGCAGAGAGCAGAGCGGCAUCAUGGGAGGAAACCUCAGAGCGGCAGGGAUCCCCCGGGUUAUCACCCUGAAAAACGAGCAGUGGCUCCGUCAGACCGGAGAGUGGGUGGUGACUGUGUCGGGCGUGUGCCUGUGUGUUUUCUGGACCGCACUCCUUUAUCAUCUGUUAUGACAUUAAAACAGCUCGAUGAUCCCUCAGGCCGUCACACGCAGCGCACUGUAAGAGCACACAUUUAGCAGGGUGAGUCUCAGCUCUGAUCACGUUUGUGUUUCAGCAGCCUGUGACUCAGUUUGGAUCAUGAGACAGAGAGGAGACCAAUGCUGCUUUAUCAGAGAGUAUAGAUAACGUUUCCUCAGUUACAUUUUUCCAUUGUAGUGAUUGUGGAAAAUAAUCGACUCAUCACGCGGUUCUUAAAUUAAAGCCGAGUCUGACCUGCAGUUCAUCUUGUCGUGGGAAUGAGUCGCCAAGAAAGAGAUAAACUAAAGCUUCUGUUAUGCAGGGGGAAAAUGUGAUGAUAAAAAGUAACUUUGUACAGCACUUAGUGAAAUGAAAUGCCUCAUACAGAGUAAUAAAACUAAACUAGACAUAAUGUAUGAAUAAAAGAUGAAGGAUGAUAUACCCAGCUCAAAGCAGGCUCACUAUACUCUUCACUCAUUAGAGAAAGAGAGCAGAAAUUAAAAGGAGAUACAUUUUUACAAAGAAUAUUGAGGAAAUAAAUAAUAAGGAAUAUUUUUGUCAAAGGUGAUGACAAGGUGAUUAAUUUCUUCUAAUUCUGAUAAUACAGACUUUUUUAAAUGUUAGAGCCUCACAUACGAGAGGACAGACUUUAGGUUCAGAGCUACAUUGUGUUUUUGUGAUUUGGAUAUUCUUUUAUCGUUAUUGUUUUGACUAGAUGUCUUUAAACUCUUCUUUUAAUCUAGUGAAUCACCUUUUAAUAAUUGUGUUGUUAUUCCUCAAAAAUAAAGAAUCUUACUGACCGUA